CUCAAAGCCGGAAAUCCACUCUAGCUGGUCACCGGCUCAAGGACCUGCGCGCGGCUACGUUGGUUGCUAUGGAGACAUUCCCACUCUCCGCCCAAGCCACAUUUCUUUCGCGUCGCCGGACCCCUCUCUCUUCCACCGCUUUGCCAGAGCCUUCCGCUUGGCGUUGUCCCUCUGGCUCGCCUGGAAGCUCCCAAGGAAGGCGACUGUCCCUCCUUCGUCGUGCUGCAAAGGCCUAACUCAGCUAAGGAACCGCCUCGUCUCCCAUAGCAACGCCCCUGCCCCCUCCGCCGGACUCCUCCCAUUUUACGGCAGCCGUAAAGCGAGCGUCGCAGGCGGAAGUAGCGGUGACACAAACAUCACGUCGGCCGGAGGCACCAUGGAUGCACGCUUUACCCGUGGGAAGUCUGCUAUCCUCGAGCGGUCACUAACUCGGCCCAAGACAGACAUCAGCCUCAGUGCCUUUUCACUGCUGUUUUCUGAGAUUGUGCAGUACUGCCAGAACAGGGUGUACUCAGUUUCAGAGCUGCAGAACAAACUUUCUGAACUGGGUCAGCAGGUGGGAGCCCGUAUCUUGGAUGUGCUUGUGAUGCGGGAGAAGAACGGCAAGCGGGAGACCAAAGUCAUUAACAUACUGCUCUUCAUCAAGGUGACUGUGUGGAAGGCUCUCUUUGGGAAGGAGGCUGACAAGCUGGAACAAGCCAAUGACGACGAUAAGACCUACUACAUCAUCGAGAAGGAGCCUCUCAUCAACACUUACAUCUCAGUUCCCAAGGAGAAUAGCACUCUGAACUGUGCCUCCUUCACAGCUGGCAUUGUGGAGGCCAUGCUGACUUGCAGUGGCUUCCCUGCCAAAGUCACAGCCCAUUGGCACAAGGGCACCACUCUCAUGAUCAAAUUUGACGAGUCAGUUAUUGCCCGAGACAAAGCUUUGGAUGGCCGCUGACUCCAUCCAGUGUGAAGCAAUCUGAGUUGUUGUACAUAUGUACUUAGUAUUCAAAAAUAAUUUCCCUAGCUAUGUUCGGACACUAUACAGUCAAAGCAACAAGGUCCAGAGUAAUGCUGACAGUGAAUGUUUAUACUGUGUUUAUCUAGGACCACUUCUGUUUCCAGAAAUCUAUUCUUUUUUCUUGUUAGAAAUUUAGGAUUUAAUAGCAAAUGGAAUUGCUUCUUUUGCCAAGAGUUAUAUCAUCUGUUAAGAAGGGCUAAGCUAUGUUCAAUUGGAUGUCAGGCUUCCAUUGGUGCUGCUUCCUUGCACAUUAUUAUUGUUACCCCACUGAACUUGCUAUUAGAAAAUAUUAACCAAGGUAUAUGCUGCUGAAAUGAACUGUGAAACCUUUCUCCAUUCUGUUGCUUCUUAGCUAGUCCCUGUCAGUUAUUACUCUUCCUUGCUGCUUACUUGCUCCUUUGGCUGUAGGAAUUAGCUGAAGGUAGUAUGGCAAAGUAAGUUCUAUAGGGCUGAUCUAAGCUGUACGUGCCCAUUUUCUGGCCAGCUAAACGAUCUAGAUUUUUAAUUGGUUUGUUUAGCAGUUGAGGAAUUGUUAAAAUUGUAGUGCUCACUUUGCACUUUUGACAGCGCAGAAAUCCGAAAAGGAAAUCUGGUAUGUAUACUCAGCAUGAAUUAACUUGCUGAAUUUCUUCUCGAAGUGGCAAGGGAGAAAGGUAUAGGUCCUGGUGUUUUGCUUAGGCUCUAAUCUGCUCAUACAAAUUAUAGUAAAUUGGCCUUCCCUAAUCUGGGUUAUUCCAGAUAACUGGCACACAUUUCAAGGGAAGUAAAGAAUUUCAGAAUAAAGUAUCCCAAAGGAUAUAUCUACAUUGGGAGAACUGAUUUCAUCCAUGGUUUGGUAUAAUAAUUAUAAAAAACCUUCCUAAUUUGUUGUAAGGUAUUCUACAGCACUUUUAAAACUAGUUCAAAAUUGUCCUACUAAUUAAAGGUUCUACAUGUCUUGAAGAACUGACUUACCAAGUAAAAGUGCUGUAAAAUGUGUCUUUACUGAUCUUUCAAAUGUCUUUCUUUUUGAACUUGACUUCAUUAGUUAGUGAAAUGAACUAAUGUCAUUCUUGUACUAGACACAAUAGAUUACUUGUGGUUCUGAAGGGCACUAUUUUUCACAAAAUUGUACUGAAUCAUAUAUGAGAGAGUUUACUGUCUGGAUGAAAAUGAACUUGUGUUUAGUAAUGUAUAUGCAUUCUUUGAAAAUGAACCUUUCCUGUUCUCAAAGUACAGAUCAUUAAUUGAGAGGUUUAGCAUUCAUUCAGUUAAUGCAAAAGAGUUCAUUUCAAAAAUCAUUAAAUUAAGUUCUUUGUUA